CGAGAGUUUGCGGUGGAGGGUUAGUCCUCCUGGGCGCUGCUCACCGCCCAAUCUGGAGGAUUCUGCAGCACUGAGUUCCGCUCCUGGCGGGCGUCGCUGUGUGUGCAUCCCUGGGUGUCGCCGCUGGCAGCAGCUACAGAAGCUUUUGGCCCACCCGGGUGCUGCAAUCGCUGCUGCAAGUUUGGCGAAGUGGCUUCACUUGGGAUUUGCCCUGGCCCGUGCUCCUGUACUCCGCCUCAGCCGACCUCCCCCCUCAGCUUUGGAAACAGCCCGGGAGGGCCCCAGUUUCUGCUGUAUCCUCACAGUGAGGACCUAAGAUGGGCUUGUGCUCCCACGUGCCUUUACUGAGUGUCAUCAGCAGCCCACCCUGUCCUAUGAGAGCAACGUAGCAAAGCUGCAGCAGCUGCAGGCUGAAGUUGACCUGGGAGCUGAGAUCCAGUACCUGGCAGAGAGAGUUAAGAGCCACAGUGUAUUCCUAGCCAAUAUGAAAACCUGCAGGAGCGCAAAGGAGGUGACCUGCACCGAGGCUUUGCUUCAGUCCCCCGGCGAGGGCCCGGCUCGGCCCCGUGCGGAUUGCCAGUGCAGCCUCCCGCACUCUGAGAGCUCCCUGAGCCGCCUGCUGCGCGCCCUGCUGGCCGCGCGCGUCAGCCUGGAGCUCUGCCUCUUCGCCUUCUCCAACCCGCAGCUGGGGCGAGCUGUACAGCUGCUGCACCAGCGCGGGGUGCGUGUGCGCGUCGUCACCGACUGCGACUACAUGGCGCUCAACGGCUCGCAGAUAGGCCUGCUGCGCAAGGCAGGUAUUCAGGUGCGGCAUGACCAGGACCUGGGCUACAUGCAUCACAAGUUUGCCAUUGUGGACAAGAAAGUGCUCAUCACUGGCUCCCUCAACUGGACCACCCAGGCCAUCCAGAACAACAGAGAGAAUGUGCUGAUCAUGGAGGAUGCCGAGUAUGUGCGGCUGUUCCUGGAGGAGUUUGAACGCAUCUGGGAAGAGUUCAACCCUACAAAGUACAGCUUCUUCCCACAGAAGAAAUGAGGCUGCUGAAGCUGCCCUUCUCUGCCUUUAGAGCCUUAGGAGCACAGCCUCCAGUAAAAGCAGCCACCCUCAGAGAAGGCUCCUGGAGACUGUGCUGCUUUUAGGGGCUGCUGAGCUGUGGAGAGGCCACGAUGGUAUAAAGUCCUUAAACUGCUUGUGGUGAUGCACACCUGAGAGGCUAAAGCAGGGGACUUUGAGGCCAGCCUGGGCAAAUCAGCAAGACAUUCUCAAAAAAGGCAGAGUAUAGCUCAGUGUAGAGUACACUGAGCAUGCAUGAGCCCCUGGCUUCUAGCCCCAGCGUGGCAAAAAAAAAAAGUGUAUUUAGCAGUGACCUUAAUUUUAACACUUGGACACAGUAGACUCCUUCUUGGCUUAUGUAAUGGAUGGUGAGUCCCUUACAUUCAAAGUAAGGCAAGUCCUUUCAGGCAGUGGCAUCGUUCACAGGUAUUUAGGGGUACAGGCAUCUUGCAUGUAUUUGUGAAAUGUUUAAAUUUUUGUUGCUUUUUUAUAAUAUGCAUCCUAUAUACUGGUUACUUCUGAAGCUAACCUUGCUGUUGUGUGGCUGUCCAAGGUCUGAGCAAAUGGUGUUAUCUGUGACUUAGUGUUGACUUGAAGUUGAUUUUUUAAAAAAGUUAAUGGGAGCUGUAUAGUGUAAUAUAUCCAGAAGUGGUUACAUGGUGUUAUUCCAAACCUGAAUUCUCAAUGUGUAUUCUGGAAGGAGAAUGAAUUGCAGUUACCAUAGUGCAGUGUGACAUGGCUGGAGAACUCUAGGCUUCUGGAAUGUUUGAAUAAACAUGUUCAUUGUGGAGUGCGAAUGCUCUGUGUCUUUGCUUUCAUCUGCUGCCUUCAAACAGUGGCUGCUCUUUGUUAAAGCUUUUCUGGUGGAUACGUACCACUAUUUAGACACUGGUGGUCAAGGUAGGAGCUGCUCAAAAAAAGGUUACGUGGGUUCUUGCUGAGUUAUUCUCAAAAUGUGUUAUUUAAAAGUACUUAGGACAACACUUAGCCAUUUCCUCUGUCAUCUGCCAGUGUAUGCAUGUGGGGAGACCCUGGGGCUUCACCCUGUUUACCCCCUUUUCUCCCAGAGAGCAAGCUGGUGUUCAGACAGCAGCUCAUGGCCAUCAGGAAUUGGGUGCAUAAUAAAGUAGCCCAGCUGAGCUAUUGAUAGGAUACUGGAAGACCUGUGAAAGUAUUUUAUUUCAUAUAUUUUUACUUAAUACAGUAAUUACGUAUUUUUGUCAUCUUAGCAAGAGAAGGAAGUUGAACCUUACAAAAACUUUCAGGCACUUACUUUCUGAAAAGAAACUGGUACAGUUAAACAUCCCCUGUGGAAAGAGAGUAUUAACAUUACCCUCAGAAGUGAAAGCUGUUUUCUUUACCUAGAGGUGUUUUUCAGCUCUGACACAGAUGCCCACAAGCCUCUGAGCAGUGAGAGGACUUUUGGAGCAAGCCCAGAGCCCCUGCAGGUGACUGGGGCAAGCUGUCCAGACUGGCAGGCAUGAGUGUACCAGAGACCCUAAGGCAAAUUUAGGUGCUUUUUCUUCAGCUGAGAGCUCUCAUACAGUAACAGUUGUUCGGGGCUCUAAUCCAGUGAUAGGCAGCCAGGCUGAUUGGGCUUCUGCUUCAGUGUACCUGAGGCAGGAGAUGCUAUACUCAGGAGUAGUGUGUGUUUGUGUGUGUUUGUGUGUGUGUGUGUGUGUGUGUGUGUGUGUGUCCGUCCUGGGCCUUUCUCUUAUUCUCCUCUAGGCAAACUUUAAAGAAGUAAAGUCCUCAAGUAGGCUCAAUGAUUCCUUCAUGAAGUCUAGAUUUCCCUUGCAACUGUGUCCCUAGCCUCAUCAAUCAGUAUAGUGGGUAAAGUUGUGAUCCAUUUUGAGUUAAUCUUUGUGUGAUUUGUGGUAGGGUGUCCAAUUUCUGUUUUUGCAUGUUGAUAUCCACUUCUCCCAGCAUCAUUUGUUGAAAAGACAAUUCUUUCCCCCACCCUUAUUGAAAAUCAGAGGGCCCAUUUCUAGACUAUUGGUUGUGUCUAUUCUGAUGGCAGUAUCAUACUAUCUUGAUCAAUGAAGCUUUGUAAUAAGUAUUGGAACUUGGUAGUAUGAACCUUUUUUUGUUGUUGUUGUUCUUUUCCACCAAUGAAUAGUAUUUUCUGGGUCCCUUGUGCUUCCAUAUAAAGAUCAGCUGAUCAGUUUCUAAAAGGAAAGAAAAAAGGAUUGUGAUAGGGAUGAUGUGGAGUCUGUAGAUCUAGUUGGAGAGCAUUGUCAUCUUAAGCCUUUCAAUCUAUGAACAUUGGUGGGUGCCUUCCCAUUUAUUUUGAUCUUUAGGCCAGGUGUGGUCACAUAUGCCUACAUUCCUAGCAUUUCGGUGGCUGAAACAGGAAGAUCACAAGUUUAAGGCUGCCCUGGGCUAUAUAAUUCAACAUGAACUACAUAUAGUGAUAUUGUCUCAAACAAAACAAAACUUUAGUUUUUUGGUGUUUGCACUAUGUCUUUAAAAAUUCUUUUGAUGUUAUUAUAAAUGGAAUUGCUCAAUUUCAGUUUCACAUUGUUCAUGACUAUUGUGUAGAAAUAACAGAUGUCUUUCAUUAGCAUGUGCUUGUGAUACAGAUUACAUUCAUUUUGGGGAACUGGUAUAUAUAUCUAUAUCUAACCUCACAUCUGUUAUUUUUAUUGUCCAUUUCCUGCCUCUGCCCUUGUCUCCCACAGCUGACUUUUGGAUACUAUAUUGUGUUCUGUAAACUUGGUGAACUUACUUGAACAGAAGUUUCAAUGGUGGAUUCCUUAGAAUUUUCUUCAUACAGGAUUUCAUUUGCAAAUAGUUUACUUCUUCCUUUUCAGUCUAGAUGCUUUUUGAUAUUUCUGCCUAAUAGCUUUGGCAGUACCACCUCUGUUCAGUGUUGAAUAGGAGGGGUGAGAACCAACAUCUUUACCUUGUCCUAAUUUUUAGAGGAAGCUGUCUUUGUUGGUGACAUGGAGCUGGGGGCUCUUACAAAUAGCUCUUAUCAUAUUGAGGAAGUUCAGUUCUAUUUUUUUUUUAAACCAGUUUGCAAGUGCCAGCUAACUUUAAACUUCACUUACGUAGCUUAAAAAAAAAAAAACAAAACACUGUGGCCACUCAGGAGGCAGAGGCCAGUGGGUGGUAAGUUUUUGCCCAGCCUAUGCAACAAGGUUUCACCCUAUGAGAAUUAAGUGUUGGGGAUGUAGUUUAGUAUUCCUUGGGUUCAAUUCCCAGAAACACUUACACACACACACACACACACAAACACACACCCCUUCACAACACUUUUUAGGCCAGUCCAAAAACUCUUGUGUAUCUUUGUCUACAAUAAUUUCUUAAAUGGGUAAAGAAGUUAUUGAAAAGUAUCUAUAAACAACUAGAACACACUAAAAAUAUUUAUCUUUUUAUAUCUGUAUUUUGUUUUGCUAAGUUUUAUUAACUCAAAUUGAUUUCCAAUUGGUAGAAACUUUUUUAUAUUUUUGAAUAAAAUUUGGAUCCUCACAAUCAUUUUCACACAUUUUAUUGUAAAGACUGUGACAAUAGUGAAAAAAAUUCAGUUUUAAAUUUAUUCAACCAAAAUCAAAGUGAACAGAAACACCAGAAUAUUUCAUUAUAAGGGAGCAUUAUUUUGUUAAGUUUUGGGUGGUGGUUGUGUUUUGGAUCAUGACAGGAUGCACUUUUUUAAAAAGGCAAAAUUUUACUGCAAAUAAAUCCAUUAUGUGGGGGCAGAAUAGUAGUUAUAGUACCUUGGUAAAUGAAGGCAUAGCAUCAGUAAUUUUAUGUUCUUUUAGCCCUGAAAGAUUUUUAUAAGGAAAUGUACCUCAAUUCGAUUCUGGAUGUAAAAUAUUUACUAAGAAUUGUGUAUGAACAUGUAAAAUCUGGAUUUUUGUGGGACAUCUUAAAAUUCUUAAAAUCAGUCCAAAACUUUG